GCUCCAAUUUUUGUUUAUAUAUUUUGUUAUGACCAUUUAGAUUGUUAUGGAUAACAUUUUGUACAAAUAUAAUCUAUAAGUAAUGGACAAGUUCUUCAAAACAUGCGGUCUUAUAUAAAUUCUUAUCACCUCAAUUUUUAUAGAUAUGGUACCUAGAGGAUAUUCUAACCAUUACUUAUCAGCUAUAUCACCUAUAAUCGGCGAUGUCACUCGGGAGUGAUAUUUAACUAUAAAAUAUUCAAACAAUGUGGAAACAUUGUUCUAUUAUUAAAUACUAAAAGUAAAUAAAGUAGAAGCACCUUGGUUGGUUAUGAUAAUAAAGUUGAUAAGCAAUGUACAAAGCAGAAUAGAUAAUUGAUAGCGCUUAUAAUAUAUUGACCAAAAGCACUUUCUCAUAAUCCCGUGGUUUAAUAACUAAUCACAGACUUAUUACUUAUUUAAAGAGCUGUUAGUGGAAACGCCAAGUUGAAGAUGCAAUCAUAGUUUGAGCUGUGGAAUCAAAGUCAAAAGGUGCCACUGUUGUCUAUUGGUAUAUUUAUUCCUAUCAUUUUUGCAGUUUCCACGUAGUAACCACCGAUCACUAAUGGCCAAAUUGUUUUCUAAGAGAAAGUAGAUCGACCAAAAUCGUAGUUGGUAGUAAAUAUACGAUAUGACGCCAAAUAAUUUAUACAGUAUAUACAUUUGAAUCUAAGUUGUACUAGUGAUAUAAUGUUUCCAUGAAAAGUUUUAGUCACCCCUUUGGAGUCAGAUAUAAAUCCCAAAACUUGGUUAGAUAUGUACUAUUAACUACCGAGUCAUUGGUUUGUGAUAUUGAAUUCUAAAAGUAUUUCAGAAGUUAAAAACAUAGGCAUAUAUUAUUUAUUACUAACUUCUACGUUUUAGCCACAACCAUUUAGUCUAUUAAUUUUUUUUUUUAAAGUGUUGUCUACUAAAGUUCUGAUUUUUCUGAAUGUCAUUUUCGUUGCUAGACAUAAAGCUGUUUUGGUUGGAUGAAUUUAGAAAUAUUCAAAGUGAAUUUGGAGAACAGCUUGCAAACGAAACAUCCUUCAAGUUUCCAUUUGAUUCCUCGAAUUGGCUGCUUAAUUAGCAAUUUAGCAUGCUUAAAAAUAUGUACUAUUAAGUUAAUAAACCUCACUUGUUAGUUUUAUAAGAAUUAAUAUAUUAUAUUUUGUCGUUAUAUAUAAGUUGGUGGUUAGUUAUUGUCCUAAUGGUCCACGUUAAUUCAUCUCUAGCGUGUUUCUUUUGAGUUUUUCUUUAAUUUACCUGCUCAAAAACAGGCGGAAAUUGAAUCAAAUUGUUAUUACGUGUUCCAGUCUCGUGUUAUGUUUGGUUUAGAAGGUUUCGUAGGAUCAACUUAUUCUUGAUAACUUGUAGUAAUUUGUUUUACCAACAAUCAUCGCACUAAAUCGAUUAUUCGAAAUAAUCAAAGAUGUUCUAUAUGAAUUUAUAAUAUAGAUUAACUAGAAUUAUUUUGCGGCAUGUGAUUUUCAGUGUUGUAGUAUUUGAAAUAAGGGUAUGUUACAAGAUUAGUCUACUGUUCGUAAACGCCCAUAAAGCUCAGUCUAAACCGCUCACGAAUACGAUAAAGCAAAUAUGAUUUCUGGUUUCAUUUGGUUCAUCGAAGAAGAAACAAGUUCUCGCAUUGAUGGAGAGAAGUUUUUAUUGCUAGCCAUGUGAUCAAAGCAAAGUGUGAGACCUUGAAAAAACCCAGACAAUACGACUCCAUGUUUGGUUAUUGGUGGUUUACUUGUAGCCUUUGGUCGAGAAAGUUGGCUUGUAGUCAUCCUGAACGUGUCUCUAUUAGUGAAUAUUCGGACAGCUACAUGAGUGAGAGAAGGGACAGUGAGAGAAUAUAUACAGCAGCAAUAUAUCACAGAUGACUUGGCCACAACAACGACGAAUUAGCCAUUUAUCGCCACUAGCAGCUUCAACUAAUGUUUUAGCUAGCUAGCGUUGGACCUUUUAGAACCGUGUUUUCACAUCAUGUAAGAGAUAAGAAAGCGACUCAUACCAAACCAAACAUCAAAACCAAACUAAUCGUCCAAACUUACACUAAAUCUAAGAACUUGCAUACUACUAGCAUCCCAAAUUACAUCUGCAAAUUAAAACUCAAUUCUUUAUAUAUAUUAAUUUGACGACCAACCGUAGAAAACAGCAAAAUCAAACACCAGUUUGGUAUCACAAUAUCUAACAUUUUAAUUCGUAGUUUAAAUAUGUAUGUAUAUUAUAAAUAUUAUUCUGACAACUAAAUAUUUGUUUUUGUUGUUGAAAAAGUAAAUGUUCCUUUUACGAUUUCAACAUAUCGUAUACACAUGCACCACGUACUUUGCGUGACGCUUCACAUAUAUAUGGUUAGUCUGUUUUAAGCUGAAAAUACACGAUUACCCAAAUUAACCUUACAUCAUUAUAAAAGAGAGAUCUAACUCUUAUGAACUAACUAAUCAUGAGAUUAAAUAGACUUAUUCUAGCGAGAAUAGAAGUUCAAUCAGAUUACAUAAGCUGACAUCUAAAAAAACAAAAUAAGCAAAUUAAAUAAAAUUGACCGACAAAAAGAGAAAAACUCCAAAUACUUUUGGGAAUUAGGAAUUAUAGUAACUCUUACCGAGUCCUAUUAAACGAAGGUAUUGAAUUUUUAGUGGUAAAGAGCUUACACCUUUACAUCUGUGAGUACCGCCAUUUGGGUUCGAAUCCCGGCCACUGGGAAUUAACAUUUCAGCAUCGUCAGAGACAGAGGACCGACACGUGAUAAUACGUGACUAAUCUGGAUCACUUUUAUGGGGCCAGGAUACAUCUGUAUAAUUCAAAAAAAAAAAAAAUUUGCAACGCAUAUAUAAAAAAACUUUCUUAUUAAUCGUUUAGUAAGUUUUUGGGGAAAGUAGUUUUUAAUCAACGAAUAUGGACACUUCAACGACUGACCUGAAAACCCUAAAUUCAAUGUAUAUUCUUAACCAAGAUGUAUGAUAGCCUUUUCAGUAACUCAUUUAGUAAGACGUAUCGUUUCGCUGGUGAAGAACAAAAUUUGGGACAUCAUUAGAAUAUAGUUGUCUUUAUAAAUAAAUAUCAACAAACACUUAAUUUGUAUCAAAUUUUGAUUAUCAAUACCAAACAUGUUGGUAUUUGUCUAUCUAAAUAUGAAAUAAAAUAUCAUUAUAUGUUUGAAAGUUAGACACACAAAAAGAUCUAACACAACUAGAAGAGAGUACCAAAACGUCUCAAAGAUUGGACUUAAAUUAGGGAUUUAAAUGACCAAUUAAGAAGAUGAUUAAAAUAUAAGUUUAGGAGUGAGGAAAAUCGCAAUCAAGACAGCUACGCACGAGCGUUGCGCGCUUGAAAGAGACACCUAGUCUUGUUUUAAUGGGGAACACUUUUACUUUCACUUGUUGCCCACUUGUUAUUCAAUUUUCUACAAAGAAAAAUUAGUUUUUGUUUUACAUUUUUCAUACUUAUUUUGUUUCUCACGUUUUUAGUUUUUUUUUUUUUUUUAGUGUCUUCCAGCAGCCCACCAGGUGUAACUGGGCACACAUUAAGCUUGGCUUACCUUUAACCAGGUGUUUUUUCUUUCUUUCUUUCUUUUUAUAUUUUAGGAUACAUGCAUGUUUUCAGUCAUAUUUUCCUAUACCAGGUCAUACUAGUGGUGUUUAUGUUUUUAAGUAAAUAAAAUAAGUAUCAAGCAAAAUAAAAUUAGUUUUACACAUAUUAAAUUAAUAUUUUGUUUAUAUGGCAUUGCUCGUAUAGCCUCAUAUCAGCAGUUAUCUUCUCAUAGAACUAGCUCAAAAAAUUAAUCAAUUUAAUGUAAGAUUACUAUAAUUGAUUUAAAAUUCUGUUGAGAAAAACCACCGAACAUAAAUUUUUUUGGCAGCUCGUUUUAAUAUUUUUAAAAGAAUUAUUAAAUUAAAAUACCAAAGAAAGAAAGAGCCGUCAAAGAGUGAAUCUCUUCUAAAUCAACUUCAUUAGCUCUAUAAAUAAUACAUCUCUUCUUCACACUUUUAUCGCAACUCAAAUCUCAACAAACAAAGUCUAUCUUUUUCACUUCCUUUUCUCUUCUUCACUUUCCUUGAUUCUUUGUAUCUCCUCCUUCCUUUUGUCUCUUCUUUGAUUCAAAGGUUGCUCUCUUUCAUUCUCUCCAAAUCAAUCUUCAAGGAUCAAGAUAAGGAAUCUUUUUGAGCAUAGAUGGAUCAGAAAGUAAGACAUACUGAAGUUUGCACUCAAGAUGGAAGCGUUGAUCGUCAUGGUAAUCCAGCAAUCCGAGCCAAAACCGGCAAAUGGCUCACUGCUAUUCUCAUUCUUGUGAACCAAGGGCUAGCGACGCUUGCCUUCUUUGGUGUAGGAGUGAACUUGGUUCUGUUUCUGACAAGAGUGAUGGGACAAGACAAUGCAGAAGCUGCCAAUAAUGUCAGUAAAUGGACAGGAACUGUUUAUAUCUUCUCUUUGCUUGGUGCUUUCCUCAGUGACUCUUAUUGGGGACGUUACAAGACUUGUGCAAUCUUUCAAGCAAGUUUCGUUGCAGGAUUAGUCAUGUUAUCUUUAUCUACUGGUGCGUUACUACUCGAACCAAGUGGUUGUGGUGUUGAAGAGUCUCCCUGUAAGCCACACUCCACGGUCAAGACGGUUAUUUUCUACCUAUCGGUGUAUCUGAUUGCGUUAGGGUAUGGUGGUUAUCAACCCAACAUAGCUACCUUUGGAUCUGAUCAGUUUGAUGCAGACGACUCUGUUGAAGGACACUCGAAAAUCGCGUUCUUCAGUUACUUCUACUUGGCUCUGAACCUCGGAUCGCUCCUUUCGAAUACAGUCUUGGGUUACUUUGAGGAUCAAGGGGCUUGGCCGCUAGGGUUUUGGGCGUCUGCAGGGUCUGCUUUUGCUGGUUUAGUACUUUUCUUGGCUGGCACGCCAAAGUACCGGCACUUUAAACCUAGAGAAAGCCCUUGGUCUAGAUUCUGCCAAGUCUUGGUUGCUUCAACGAGAAAGGCCAAGAUUGAUGUGAACUAUGAUGAUAUGAAUCUCUAUGAUUCAGAGACUCAACGAACCGGAGACAAGAAGAUUCUUCAUACCAAAGGCUUCAGAUUCUUGGAUAGAGCUGCGAUUGUCACACCUGAUGAUGAGGCUGAGAAGGUGGAGAGCGGAUCAGCUUACGAUCCUUGGAGGCUUUGCUCAGUGACUCAAGUUGAAGAAGUGAAGUGUGUGUUAAGACUCUUACCAAUCUGGCUCUGCACCAUUCUCUACUCAGUGGUCUUCACCCAAAUGGCUUCACUGUUUGUUGUGCAAGGCGCAGCGAUGAAAACAAACAUCAAAGACUUCAGGAUUCCAGCUUCAAGCAUGUCUACUUUCGACAUCCUCAGCGUCGCCUUCUUCAUCUUCGCUUACAGGCGGUUUCUCGACCCUCUCUUUGCAAGACUCAACAAAACUGAGCCCAACAAAGGCCUCACUGAGCUUCAGAGGAUGGGGAUAGGCCUCGUGAUCGCGAUAACGGCGAUGAUAUCAGCAGGGAUAGUGGAGAUAUACAGGCUAAAACACAAGGAAACGGCUUCAAACUCUAGCUCGUUGAGCAUUUUCUGGCAAGUGCCUCAGUACAUGAUGAUAGGUGCAUCGGAAGUGUUCAUGUACGUUGGCCAGCUUGAGUUCUUCAACAGCCAAGCUCCAACGGGACUGAAGAGCUUUGCAAGCGCGCUGUGUAUGGCUUCGAUUUCGCUUGGGAACUAUGUAAGCAGUCUUCUAGUUUCCAUCGUCAUGAAGAUCUCUACAAGAGAUGAUUUGCCUGGUUGGAUCCCUGGGAAUCUCAACAAAGGACACUUGGACAGAUUCUACUUCCUUUUAGCUGCUCUAACCGCAGCUGAUUUUGUGGUUUACCUGGUUUGUGCGAAGUGGUAUAAGUAUAUAAAGUCUGAAGCAAGUUUCUCUGAGUCCAUUGCUGAAGAGGAAGUCUGAGUCAAGAGACAAAAAAAGUUUUGGGUUACGCUGUGAAGCUCUGGACAGUAAUGUCCAAAGCUGAGCUUGUUCUGUCUUAUAAACUGGUCUUGUGGUUUCCUUUUUAAGGCUACCCUUGUGUAAUUUUUUUUGUUAAUGUUUCUAAAUAAAGACGGUUUGAUGAUUCCACUCAA